AUGGCGUCCUUAAUGAAGCUCGCCCUGCUCUCAAUUGCCGUCAUACCGACUUUCUCUUAUCCGAUCCUCUCCCCGCCGACUAUCUUGCCCCGGAUCGAUUAUUCGGCGUCUGAACCUUCCGUGCCCUUGGGCCUCCGUUCUGAGUCUCCUUAUCUCGAAAUAGGGGACUACAAGCUCAGCGAGCUAGUGAGAAUCGGGCAAGGAGACUAUGGUAUUGUCUUCAAGGGCAAGGCUAAGAAGAAGCUCGGCUACGGCAGUAUCGAUAUCGCAAUGAAGGUUUGCCAGGAGGCUGCCAUUGCAAGUUGCAAGCUGGAAGUCAAGGUCCUGCAGGAGCUGCAUGGUAAAGUCCCAGGCGGGAUCCCUGAGGUCUACGCAAGUUCGGACAGCACGGUGAACGACAGACCUGGCUUUUCAUUCAUCAUGACCCUCGAAAAAGGUGGUACUCUCAAGGGAAAAUCAGCUAUCUAUUCGGAACAGGAAAAGCCAGAAGACAAGCACUCCAAUCUGGUGAAGCUUUGGACGACCUUGGAGGAGAUACACGACGCAGGCUGGGCACACCGGGAUAUCUUCUCCUCUAACAUGGCGUUUUCGGAUAAGCGGGAGGCUGGUCAGCCAUUCGGUCCGAUGGUGUUUCUAGACUUUGGACAAGCGUCCGAUGCGUCGAGAACGACAACACCUGUGGGUAUCACGCUGAAAUACGCGGCUCCAGAGGAAGUGGCAUUGAUCAAUGCGCAACAUUACGACCGCCGUGUGGUAGGGAUUGAUCCCAAGUUGGGAGAUGUCUGGUCGUUGGGGUGCAUCACUUGGCAGCUAAUCCGUGGGAGUGAAUGCACAUGGGCGAAAGAAAAUGAAAACUACAAUCUCGACGAGGAGAAGUUCACGGAAAUCAUCAAGGACAAGCUGAAGGUCGGAGACGAAACGGUACAUGAUGACUUGGCAAAAUGGUUUGCUGGUGUCUUGGCCGGCUCGCGGACACGGUUAACUUCGAAGCAAGCACGAGAGCAGUUCGAAAAAAUCGACGCCGGCCAUCUACCUGUUGUGCCACCUUACUACGACUCUGACUCCGACUCCGACUGA